GCCGCCUCUCCACAGACACACACGCCCGCCUGGCCGCUGCACCCGACAUCGGCGAGGGAACUUACGGCGUGUGGAUCCGUGUCAGCGACUCGGGGCAGCCGCGCCUGUCCCGGGAAUAUGGGCUCAACGUGACCGUGUGUGACUGCCGCGGGGCAGAGGCGUGUUCGCCCGGACUGGGGGCCGUGACUGCGGCUCGGCUGGGACUGAGCCUCGCCGCCUGGAUGGUGAUCCUCAGCAGCGCCCUGGUCCUCCUGUCCCUGCUGCUGUUGCUACUGGUCACGGAGCGGUUCCGCCGCCGCCACCGCAAGGGGCUUCUCGCCGCCUCCGACGACGACGUCCGCGACAACAUCCUCAACUAUGACGAGCAGGGUGGGGGCGAGGAAGACCAGGAUGCCUUCAACAUUGAAGAGCUGAGGAACCCGGGCGAUGCCCUGCCCCGGACCAGGAGCGGCAGCAAGCAGCCCAUCCGGAGGGACACGCCGUGUGCCCGCGGCCAGUCUCGCUACCCCCGCAGCCCCCCCUCCGACCCCAGCAACAUCGAGGACUUCAUCAACCAGGGAUUACACGCGGCCGACACGGACCCGAACGCCCCUCCGUACGACACGGCGCUGAUCUACGACCUUGAGGGCGAGGGCUCUGUGGCCGAGAGCCUGAGCUCCAUCUCGUCCCGCGGCUCCGACUCUGACCAGGAGUACGACUACCUCAGCGACUGGGGCCCUCGCUUCAAGAAACUCGCGGACAUGUACAGUGCUGCGUAGGAACACGGAGCCCAGACACACGGACCCCAGACACACGUUGCCCAGACACACGGAC